GCGGCCCGGGCCGGUGCGGCGAGCGGCGCGGCGGAUGGAGAGUCUGGCCGCGGCCGGCGGCGCCGCCUCCUUGUCGGGCCGGGCACGGCGGGCCGGGGCCUUUGUGUGAGGCGGCGGCGGCGAUGGUGCUCGAGCCCCGCGGAGCCGGAUUAACCGUGCUGAUAGGGAGGCAACGUCAUAGGAGCUGCUAAGAUGGGCAUGAGGAUCAAACUGCAAAGCACCAACCACCCCAACAACCUGCUGAAGGAACUCAACAAGUGCCGGCUCUCCGAGACCAUGUGUGAUGUCACCAUCGUAGUGGGGAGCCGCUCCUUCCCAGCCCACAAAGCCGUGCUGGCCUGCGCAGCUGGCUACUUCCAGAACCUCUUCCUGAACACUGGGCUUGAUGCUGCCAGGACCUAUGUGGUAGACUUCAUCACCCCCGCCAACUUUGAGAAGAUUCUGAGCUUUGUCUACACGUCAGAGCUCUUCACGGACCUGAUCAACGUUGGGGUCAUUUACGAGGUAGCUGAGCGACUGGGUAUGGAGGAUCUCCUCCGGGCCUGUCACUCCACCUUUCCUGACCUGGAGAGCACUGCUGUGGCCAAGCCCCUGACCAGCACCAGUGAGAGCCACUCCAGUACCCUGAGUUGUAGCUCAGCAGAACCAGCCCAUCCCCUUGGAGAACUCAGGGGUGGGGGGGAGCACUUUGGUCCUGAUCGAAACUAUGCGUUGCCUAGUGAUGCUGGAGGAAACUAUAAAGAGGAAGAGAGAAACGUUACCAGUGACACUAACCAUAGCCUGCCUCUGCCGCAGCAGCCACUGCCGCCAAAGACAGAAGACCAUGAUGCCCCUGCUCCGUUCACGUCCGUUCCCAGUGUGGUGACCCAGCCAGUCCUAGGCGCUGUCGGCAUGGGCGUCCAAACCAGCACAAGGUCCUGCCAGCCAUACAAAGUCCAGAGCAAUGGAGACUUCAGUAAAAACAGUUUCUUCACCCCUGACAAUGCCAUAGACAUCACCACUGGGACCAACUCCUGUCUGAGCAAUAGCGACCACUCCAAAGACCCGAGCUUUGGGCAGAUGGAUGAGCUCCAGCUGGAGGACCUGGGGGAUGAAGACUUGCAGUUUGAAGACCCCACCGAGGAGAUAGGCACAGCCGAGGAGGUGAUUGAGUUGAGUGAUGACAGUGAGGACGAGCUGACUUUUGGAGAGAGUGACAGCCGAGAGAAUAAGGCCAUGCCCUGCCAGGUAUGCAAGAAAGUUCUAGAGCCCAACAUUCAACUGAUCCGACAGCAUGCUCGGGACCAUGUGGACCUGCUGACCGGCAACUGCAAGGUCUGUGAGACCCACUUCCAGGACCGAAACUCCCGGGUGACCCAUGUUCUGUCCCACAUUGGUAUUUUCCUCUUCUCCUGCGACAUGUGUGAAACUAAGUUCUUUACCCAGUGGCAGCUGACCCUCCACCGACGGGAUGGAAUAUUUGAGAACAACAUCAUCGUCCACCCCAACGACCCCCUGCCUGGGAAGCUGGGUCUCUUUUCAGGGGCAGCCUCCGCAGAGCUGCAGUGUGCUACCUGCGGGAAGGCAUUGGCCAAAGAUUUCCACGUGGUCCGGGGCCACAUCCUUGACCAUCUGAACCUGAAAGGCCAGGCCUGCAGCGUCUGUGACCAGCGCCACCUUAACCUCUGCAGCCUCAUGUGGCACACACUCUCCCAUCUCGGUAUCUCAGUCUUCUCCUGCUCUGUCUGUGCGAACAGCUUUGUGGACUGGCCUCUCCUGGAGAAGCACAUGGCUGUGCACCAAAGCCUGGAAGACGCCCUCUUCCACUGUCACUUGUGCAGCCAGAGCUUCAAGUCGGAGGCUGCCUAUCGCUACCACGUCAGCCAGCACAAAUGCAACAGUGGCCUUGACGCACGGCCUGGUUUGGGGCUACAGCACCCAGCUCUCCAGAAGCGGAAGCUGCCGGCUGAGGAGUUCCUGAAUGAGGAGCUGGUGCUGCAGGGCCAACCCGGGAAUAGCAAGUAUAGCUGCAAGGUGUGUGGCAAAAGGUUUGCCCACACGAGUGAGUUCAACUACCACCGGCGGAUCCACACGGGCGAGAAGCCGUACCAGUGUAAGGUGUGCCACAAGUUCUUCCGAGGCCGCUCGACUAUCAAAUGCCACCUGAAGACGCACUCGGGGGCCCUCAUGUAUCGCUGCACGGUCUGUGGCCACUACAGCUCCACCCUUAACCUCAUGAGCAAGCACGUCGGCGUGCACAAAGGCAGCCUCCCGCCUGACUUCACCAUUGAGCAGACCUUCAUGUACAUUAUCCAUUCCAAAGAGGCCGAAAAGAACCUGGACAGCUGACUGGGUCCCAGCAGAGCCAGGGGGAGCUCCCAGGCAGCAGCCAGGACGUUGGUUUUCUAAUGGCUGUUGGUCCCUCCCCAGCUGAAGUUACAGUUUUGCCUUGCUAGGAGUUCUGUUCUGUCCUGUGUUGAAAGAAGAAGAAAGAAGAAAUAGCACAUGAACACUGUUACUGUUUUUGAGAACAACGGCCCUAUAUCAUGUUUACCUCCUUACCUGUUCUUGCCCAUGGAGGGCUGUGUUUUUGAUUCUUUUGAGGCUGGUUUUGGGAUCUCGUCAGGCAGUUGGUGUCAACUAGAUCCCCUUCCCCAGCCGCUCGAGUUUUAGUUUACUGAUAGGUUUUAUGCUGCUAAGAAUCCAACCAACAGCCUCACUGAACAGAGGAGGUGGAGAGAGGUUUUCACCGUGGGUAUUACUGCCAGACCUCCAACCGGGACAACCAGCUAUGAGAGAGAUUUUGGGAAUGUGGUCAUUCAGAAAAGACUGGUCAGCAGGGCAGCUCACCUCAGGUGCCAGUCCCAGCCCUCAGCAGGGGAAAGGGGUCAGGGAUGGAGGGUCCUGCUUGUUCCAUGGCUCGAAUCUGCUGAUUGGACAGUAAAAUCUCUUGGCAGCUAGAUCCAAACUGGGGACAAAGCGUUCUGUUUAGGUCAGAAGGCUUUGGGAUGAAUCCUUGCCAGCCAGAAGAGGUGUCCUGCAGUGCCGCCGGAAGUGGCAGCCUGGAUGGACAGGAAGGGAGGUUUUCUCUUUUCUCCUCAAUUCCAAAGAAACACAAUUUUAUGGAGUGAUGGCCCGGGACGUCAGGCCUUCCCUGUGGGCAGAAAGGACAGGGAGCCGCUUUGAUGUAAUCCUCUGUCAUCUGGCCACGUCCAUCGACCUUGAGUUUCCUGGUGGAGAGGUGGGGAUGUCUCUGAAGCAGCAGCCUUGCCUUAAUUUACAUCCAGUCUCCCACCUAGAAGUGUGUUUGGCCUGUAGCGUAGAUGAGAAGACCCCAUGAGGUGGAGUGGUGGACUGUGAGCCCUUCAGGAUUAAAGGGACCUGAGUAACUGGUGGUUUGUAGCGGGAUGUGUGUCUGUCUGUCCCAGUCAGGUAACCUGUUGUUAAUACUUUGUGCUAACUGGGCCAGAGCUUUGGCAGCUCCCAUUUGACCUGCUGGAAUUUAUCCUGAUCUGUCAUUGUGUCGCCACCAGGGGGCGCUAUUGACCAGCAGCUGGUUCAGGCCCUCCCUAGAUGACUCGGGAAUGGGUCUGCCCAGUCCUGGGGUGCUGGUUGGCUCCGUUCUUAGUUGCCUUUUUGAGGGGUCUUACCCAAAGAAGGCUUGAGGGACAGGGUCCUCGGAUCUCGCAUCUCACAAGGUGGCACCUCAGUAACCCAUACUACCUCACCUGCUCAGGCGAGCUCUGGGGGUCCCUGGCCUCGGCCCUGAUACAGCCCCUCGUGGGACUCAGCAGCACCCCAGGCUGUUUUACAAGCAAGUGGUUUUAAUUAACUCACAAGGCCUUUUUGGACAUUAAUAUUUAUUUAUUUUUGUUUUUGUAUACAUAUUACCCAGCAUCUCUUGGAUAAGAGACUUCAGGAAAAUGAGCUUCUCCCCAGCAAGUAGCCAUAUUCCAGGGGACAAUCCUGGCCAGAUAUUUGGGAAACAGGGGCUAAAACUAGGGGAGAACAGGUCAAGCCUUUAAACAAGCAAAUUCUUUUCUUUCUCUCCAGAUAGUCUCUUGCAGAAUAGACCCAGGGAACCAUUUAGGUAAUGGAUGUACAUUCUAGAAAGUUGAGGCUUGUUAAAUCCCUAGGCCUUCCAUCCCCUUUCCGUCCUCUGAUUGAGUAGGUUGGGCACUGGGUUGAGGGGAUCAAGUCACAUGAAGGACCUUUUUGCAUAUUUUCUCAUCCUUCCUAAAGUUGGGAAGCUAUAAUAAGACAUACAAAUAAACCAAAGCUCUGUCCCUGUUGGACCUGCUGCCUCUCUCCCCAGCCCUAAACUGAUAAAGCCCCCGAGUUUGUGUGCAUGGCUCUCUGGUGGGGUGACCAUUACAUGAAGGGACUUGUCAAGUGGCCACCUUUCACCAUCUGAAUCCAACUACUUAAAUGUUCCCCUGGGACAUUCUUGUCAGAAAGCAGUGCUGACACUUCUUCCCUGACUGACUGCUCCCUUUCUUCCCACGCUGACCAUUAGGCGAUUAAGAAGGAAGGUGUGUAAAAGACUACAGUCACCUAUCUGCUAAGCUUUUCAAGCCUGAGCAGUUUCUCGCAGAUUGUUGGUGAGGACUGAGUUUUGAAGGGCCGGAUCUGAGAGUGGGGAUGCUCACUGGGACCCAGCCAGGUAGCUGAGAAUGGAUCAGUAUGCUGGAGAAACCCUCUUCCUUAACAGAGGAUAUCAUGGGUGCUGGGUAGUCUGUAUACUUAAACUGAAACUGUGAAGUUUUCCCUUUUCGCCAGUAAACCAAAAAGCAAGUCCCUGAAACUUUGCCCCUGAAACACUAAACAAGAAACUGCACCCCCUGAUCCUCCUGAGGCAAAGUGGUCAGCCAGGGUGGCCCGGCUGGUUGCAGUCAGACAUGUAGCAGGUCAGUAGCUCAUGAGGCUCAUUGACCAAACCCUGUUCCCCUGCGUGUCCCCCGUGUUCGCACCUCAACCCUUCCUCUGUUUGGAGUCAUGUUUGCUGCCUCUGCCACCAGCUCACCCUUUUCUGCACUGUUUUACUUGAAACACUAUAUUGUGGCAAAGGGUGCUCUAGGAUACCUGGUGGAAGGUAUUAAUUGUAUUUUGAAUUUAAAAUUUUUUCAACUGUUCUUUGGAUUUUGUUGCCCUCUCUGCCCUGGAGCCCAGUUUAGCACUGUCUCCUGCUGUAUUGUUCCAAAGUUCUGUUUGAUCCUUGAAUGUCUCUUCUUCUCCCUUUUCUCCCUUUUUCUUGUUCUGUACUCAGGACCAGCUACAUAAUUUACAGAGCCCUUUGUUUAAAAAUUAUUAAGAAUUUCAAGAUGGCGACUAGAGCAUUAAAGCAAACACGAGGCCAUUCCCAACUCUUUUCCUGAGGGAAAACGGUGAUACUCUAAUGGCACACUGUAAACAGCUGCUGUGGCCAGAGGAAGGGAUCAGUAUCCUGGUGCUCCUCUGGCCCAUCCACGGCUCACUGAUGCCACAGCACCUGCUGGGAAGCUCUGCUGUACCCUGGUAUUUGGUCCUAAAUUUUAAGACUCUGUGGAGUCACUCUAGUUCAUGGCUAGUUGGGAAGAAAGGAGGUGGGGGUGGGGGGUCAGGAAAUGGAUAAAAAUUCUUUCUGACUUUCUUCUGCUCUGUCAGUACCCUUUUGUCUCUAGGAUAACCUUUGAGCUUAAAUACCUUCUCCCCAGUCAGGUUUUGCUGCUGGUGGAUUUUCUUCCUCUUCUGGCCACCUGCUGUGCCCUAGUCCCCAGACUACUCAACUUAGGAAGUGAAUUUAAAUUCCUUCAUAGAUGGGCAUGAUUUUGGUGGCAUGGAAGUGGGCUGUGU